CGUGAACCCAAAUACCAAACCACCCUCUCUUUUCCACCAUUAUUAACUGUUACCAUUCUUCUCUUCUCUCUCUCUCUCUUCCUUCUCUUUUCUCUCUCCUCAAUGGAUCCUCGCAACGACGCCGUUUUCCCCGACGAAGACCUCGAGGACGACGAGGAAUCCCUCGACGACGAAGACGACGACGAAGAGGAGGAGGAAUUAAACGACGACCCUUCUCCUUCCACUUCCUCCGCCGGCGCUGUCCCUGUCCGUUCCGUUUCCGCUACUGUCACCAUCGCUGCUCCCGCCGUCUCCGUUGUUCCUCCCCCUUCGAUUGUUUCAAUCUCCUCCGCCGAUCUGAUACGCCAACGUCUUGAGACCGCCACCGCCGAGCCUUUGACCUUGCAGGGGGAGAAGAAGCCCUUGGAUGAGUCCAGGAAGUUGUUUCAACGCCUUUGGACGGAUGAGGAUGAGAUCGAGCUUUUACAGGGUUUUUUGGACUACACGAUGCAGCGUGGUACGACUCACCAUCAUCAGAACGAUACGGCGUUGUUCUACGACCAGAUCAAGUCGAAAUUACAGUUGGAUUUUAACAAGAAUCAGCUCGUUGAGAAGCUUCGUAGGUUGAAGAAGAAAUAUCGCAACGUUAUUGGUAAGAUUAGCUCUGGUAAGGACUUCAAUUUCAAAAGCCCUCACGAUCAAGCUACUUUUGAGAUUUCUCGCAAGAUCUGGAGCAAUACCGGCCGAAUUGGAGCCGACGACAACGCUUUAGACGAUGACGAGCCUGCUCCGACUCCAUAUGCUAGCUACAUGGACCACAGAAACGAAGAGAUGAUGGCUAAUUGCACAGAGAAGAAACCGACGCCGACUCCUAAAUCGCGGAAACGUACACGGCCUGGAUCGGGAAUUAGAAUGGACGGUCCGCGUUCGUCGAAUGAGAAUCUGAAUAAAGAGAAAAACAGUACCUACCACAACAACACCAACAACAACGAAAAUGUCAAUAACGUAGCGGUAGCAGGAUUGAUCGAGGAGACAGUGAGGAGCUGCCUGUCGCCAUUGUUUAAGGAAUUGUUGAAUACUUCCAUGGGAGGAGGACUCUGUGGUGGAGGCAGAGGGUUCAGUGGAUUAGCUUUGCAUCCGAUUCCAUUGAGUUUUGGUGGUGCUUCCAUCAAUUUCGGUGGUGAAAUGGCGGAUGAGAGGUGGAGGAAACAGCAGAUUUUGGAACUGGAAGUUUAUUCAAAGAGGUUGGAGUUGGUUCAAGAACAAAUUAAGACAGCAUUAGAAGACUUGAGGAAGGUCUGAAUCUUGAAGAAAGGGUAUUAUUUGUAAGUGCUUUGGCUUUCUCUUUUCUCUUAAUUUUUUUUCUCUCUUUUAGUUCUUGAAAAUGUUUGAUCCUUGCGGUUGAUAGUGUACUUAGUGGCACCCUUUGGUGAAUUCGGUAGAAUAAUUGUAAAAAAUAAUUUAUAAUAAAACUACUCAUUUACAAUGUGUUGAUAUAACAUAGUUUUUUGACUGAUGAA